AUGGCUCGGGGCUCCUUCUGCUCCUACUUUUUAUUGGCUUCACUCUGCUGGGGAGCCGUCGGUCUCCACGGCAACAUCGGGGAGCAGGGUCUGAUUGGCCAGAGAGGUGAGCAAGGCAUUGACGGGGAGGCUGGACCAAGUGGAACCGAUGGAGCCAAGGGAGAUAAAGGGGAUGCUGGUCAAGAAGGCGCUGAAGGAGACAGGGGUGAAAUCGGUCUGAAAGGAAAGCAAGGAACCCCUGGGCCUCCCGGAUUGGUCGGUGUAAGGGGUCAGGAGGGUAAACCGGGCAAAAUUGGUGAAAGAGGAAAGCCAGGAGAAAAGGGGAGCAAGGGUCACCAAGGUCACCUGGGGGAGAGCGGCCCAACGGGCGAGCAGGGAGAGGUGGGCUUUGUCGGACAGAAGGGAGCGAGAGGAACCAUCGGGCCAGUGGGUGCUCCGGGGAGAAUGGGCCAACAAGGAGAAACCGGCAUAUCUGGUUACGAGGGUCACAUGGGACUGCCGGGCCAUCUGGGACCUCCUGGACCAAAAGGUGAAAAGGGUGAACAGGGAGACGACAGCAAGGCAGAGGGUCUUCCAGGUCCCCAAGGUGACAGAGGUCCUCAUGGAAACAGAGGAGAGAGAGGAGAGCCAGGGGACCCCGGGCACAUUGGUCAAAUUGGUGUUGAUGGAAAGAGAGGUGCAGCUGGUGCCCCAGGGCUUCCUGGACAUCCUGGGCCAAGAGGACUGCCAGGGCUGAAAGGAUCCAAAGGUGACCAAGGUCAGGAAGGAAAAUCAGGAGCCAGAGGAGCAUCUGGGACCAAAGGACCACCCGGUCCAGAGGGUCCUGAUGGCCCACGGGGAGUUGAGGGCAGGGAAGGACUUGAGGGCCCGUCUGGCAUGGAUGGACUUUCUGGUAAAGAUGGACCUAAAGCAGUCAAGGGGGAGCAAGGAGAAGAUGGAGAAGUGGGCUUACCUGGGAAAUCUGGGCAGUGGGGGCCAACUGGUGUGACGGGGCUUCCUGGAAGUCAAGGCUCCUUUGGACCAAAGGGUGAGAGGGGUCUUCCGGGCCAUACUGGUGCAUCAGGAAAACAAGGCUCUGUCGGCGGGAUGGGGCUGCCAGGAAAACAAGGAGAGCAGGGACCUAAAGGACAACCUGGGGAUACGGCUCAACGAGGAUUUCCAGGGGUGUUCGGUCUUUUUGGACCAAAGGGACCUUUGGGCUACAUUGGCCCCGCGGGGAUACAGGGACCAAAAGGCCCGCGUGGUUUGUUGGGUAUGGAGGGAGCUCUGGGCCCCGUUGGCAUCAUUGGCCCCAGCGGUCAUCCUGGACCCAAGGGUGACAAAGGAAGUCGGGGGGAGACGGGGUUGCAAGGACCAGGGGGAUUUGCUGGCCCUCGUGGACCACCCGGACCACCAGGUCUUCCAAGCUCUGCCCAUUUACUUAGAAAUGAGGCUCUCGGUGCCACCUUUCAAGUCAUCAUCGAUUCCCAUGCUGCACUGAGGCCAGAGAGCGUGGAGAUGCCCAUGUUAGACCAGGGCACAGAGAUCUUCAAGACCCUGCAGCACCUCAGCACCCUGAUCCAGAGUCUGAAGAACCCUCUGGGGACCCGGGACAACCCAGCACGCAUCUGCAGAGACCUGUACAACUGUGAGCAGAGGCUGCACGAUGGCACUUACUGGAUCGACCCCAACCUGGGCUGCGCUGCGGACACUAUAGAGGUGAUGUGCAACUUCACAGCUGGAGGACAGACCUGCCUGAAACCGGUCACUGUGUCCAAGUUGGAGACAGGAGUGGGUCGUAUCCAGAUGAACUUCGUCCACCUCUUGAGCACCGAGGCGGUGCAGCACAUCACCAUCCACUGCCUGAACACUCCUGUGUGGGCAGCAGGACCCUCACUGCAACCCUCCUCCAGAUCUGUGAGCUUCAAGGCCUGGACGGGGGAGAAGAUUCAGGCCGGGGACCUUCUAGAGCCGCUCAUACCCAGGGACGACUGCUGGAUCAAAGAUGGCCGCUGGCAUCAGACCCAGUUUAUCUUUCAAAGCCAGGACCCGAACUUACUCCCCAUCGUGGACGUGUUGAACCUGCCGACAGCAGAUGGCGGCGCUCGCUAUCACCUGGAGGUCGGACCCGUGUGCUUCUUAUGAGGCUAUGAGGGGGGGGGAGCUCCUCGAAGGAGAGACUGCAUAGAGGAGGAUGGAGGGGGGGAAACUGAUCUUUCUUCUGUGGUUUCCCGGAAAAACAGACCCCCAACUUUCUCUCCGCAAAAUAUGCUUGGACUGCAGAAACAGGAGGGGGGGUCGGAGCUAGAAGGCCCCUUGAAAAUGCAGAGACUUCUAGCACAAAUCAGCCUAUGGAAAACAAUAAGCUUUCUUUCUCAGAGACUUGUUUGUGAUACAAGACCUGAAUGUACUAUUUUGGUGGGAGGUAAUAUGUCUUGCUGUCAUCUCAGGCCAUGUUGUAUCAUAUUUUCUUCACGGCCUGAGUCCUGAUUUUGAAAAUAUCUAAGAGAUCUGUACAGAAAUAUUGAACAACAGAUGCAAUGAUUCCUUUUGUAAUGUUUAAGUAUUAUUUAUACAUGUAUAUGUACUGUAUAUUGUAAUAUAAAGUGCAAUGGUUAUUGUUCCACACCCUUGGGAAUAUACAGUAUGGGCAUCACUCAUUCAGGUAUACGGCGUGCCUCAGACACUGUCUCCAGGUAAGUCUUUUUGAUAACUGUAGUGCUGAGACACCCCUCGUUUAAAAAAAUAUCCUCACACAAACAACUGCUGUGUGCUGCGCUCCAUGUCAAAAUGGAUCGAAGCCUUCCACAGUGUGAAGCGAGAAAAGUGUGUUGAUGCUACCUCCAACUGCGCGUCUCGUCUCGCGGCAACCGAGACGUUACCUGAUAUAAUCUGGGGUGACACAGAGGUGAGACUCGGGUGAUAAACUCUUCAGCAAAGCUUUGUUUGUGCUUUAAGAAAAAAGGGAAGACUAAAUUCAUUAAAUUAUAUUGUUACGGUAGUAUUUUUAAUAUUUCCAAUAUUCUUUGUACUGUCUGACA